AUGGCGCGACCACUCAAUGGAUGGGGCCAUGAGCCGUACGCACCUUCUAGAUCAGCACCCUACUAUCGCCAGGAGCCUCCCAGGGAAGUGAGGGACCCCAGAGACAGGGUACAGCUGCCUGGGCCGGCCACUCUCUUCACCGCUGUGAACCACGCCCACCAGGUUGGAAACCGCGAGUCUCAGUAUGGCGUGGGUGGCAGCAGCCGGGCCUCGUACUACACCGAGUAUGCUACUCCGUCCCCCGUGGGACAGACACCUCCACAGCUUCCCGCCCCAGGCAGCGAAGGUCACCACCAAAUGGCAGCGUCCCUACCGCCGAGACGCCCGGUAGAUGUGCGGCUGUCGCCCACUCAAUCCUCGAUAUCGAGUGACAGGUCGGACGAUGUGGACACCUACCGACAUCAGAUGAAAGCGCACCGAGUUAGCCAACCAUUGCCGCCGCGCUUAAACACGACACAAUUUCCGUAUCCGCCCCGCGAACAGCAUCGCCACUCCGAGUCGCCCUCCUCGGCGAGCUUGGGGAAGCUUCCGCAAGUGUUCCCGACCAUGAAUGGACAAUACUCGUCCCACUCCUCGCAUCACCCGGCCAGCCCAUCCUCUAUACACCCCAUCACGACUUCACCACGAAGCGAGGCCAAGCAGAUGUCCAUUACCAACCUCCUCACUCAUGACGGACCCCGGCAUGAUAGCACCCACUCAUGCAAAGCGCCCAUGCCGAGUCCGGCGCGCUCGACCGUCUCCGAAUACCGGAUCCGCGUCCGGCAACAGCCCGUCGCUGCCCGAUCAUGCGGCUUCGGCGAGCGAGACCGCCGAGUGAUUGACCCGCCACCCAUCGUGCAAUUGACCAUCGACGAUGCGGACGCCACCCAGGCGGAGCUCAGCCAGCGCAUACGCCACCCGUUCUCCGUCGUGCACUGCUCGAUAUGGGACGAGACGGGCGCGCACGACACGUCUGCCAUGCCCGAGGACUACCGGCAGCAGCGUAGGCUGAUGGGCACCCUGGUGGCCUCGCCUUUCGUCGGGAUGGACGAGAACGGCGAGGAGGGCUGCUUCUUCUGCUUCCCGGACCUCUCGUGCCGCACGCCCGGCUCGUUCCGGCUCAAAUUCUCGCUCGUCAUACUCGACCCCAUGGGCAUGAGGCCCGGCGGGUCGUCGCCCAUCGUGGCCAGCGUCAUGUCGGAGGUCUUCACCGUCUACAACGCCAAGGACUUCCCCGGCAUGCAGGCGUCGACGGCGCUGACCAAGCGGCUCAAGGAGCAAGGGUGCCUCAUCUCCAUCAAGAAGGGCAACGACAAGGCCGGCGGCGGCGGUGGUGCCACCCACGGGCGAGACGAUAGCGACGAGGACGGCGACGAGGAAGGGGGAGGGUCCUCCAAGGGCCGGAAGCGCCAACGGAAGAGUUAG